UAUUCAAGUUUCUUCUCGUUUUUCAAGUAAUGUUUCACCUUUUUCUGGGUAUGGACACCACGUAUCACUAUACAUUAUAAAGUAUCACUUCCAAGCGAGUCGAAAGUUAACAUACCAAAAAAGCUGAAUUACAGAACGCGUCCAGCCCUCCCUCCUCCGUCAUUGUGGAGCAACUGAAGCAACGAGACAAGGCAGCUGAGUGGCCACCACCUGCUGCACCGCCCGCCUUCCUACUGAGCCCUCCCUCUCCUCCCCGCCACUGCCUUCCUCCCUCACUGAUCCCUUCUGAAGAGAUGAAAUCUAAUUUUCAUUUAUUUGUCAUUGUGUAUUUUUGUAGAAAGCAUAGAGCGUUAAGGUGGGCAUAGGGUGUGGUGGGUGGCGCCUGUGUUCGGUCGGUGUGGUGUGUGGUGCGGGUCGCGGGAGUGUAAGCGAUGUCAACAAGGCGGUGUGCGGCACGCCAGCUGAGGGAAGCUCCAGCGGCAACAACAACGGCGGAGAGGAUGGCUAAUAACAACACAAACUCGUCUCUGCUUGAAAUUGACGAUGAUAUUAUUCGGAAACAAUUACUGCUGCAGGGUGAGGAGGACCAUGAGCUCACCUCCCUCUUCCCAUCCUCCUCCGUCAACAAGAAAGCCACCACCAUCAAGCCUAAGCCAGGGUUGUGUUUGAAGACCCGCGAGGAAGGUGGCGGCGGCAAGGUGUUCGUCAAUGUGUGUACCAGCGAUGCCCUGCCAGCUCCCGAGAACAUCACGGAGGAGGAGCUCAUCAAGAUUCUCGAGUCCGACGAACCCUCAGACUUCCGGGUCCCCAUGUCCAUCGGCGCGCCACACAAGGAGAAGGACAAGUCUGGAGAAGAUUGUGUGGCUUAUGACGUGGUGGUGAGCCCUGAGUUUUUCUCCAGGCUGAAUGACAGCCCUCUUUUCCACAACUUCUUUGUUAUUGCCUCAAUGGAAGGAAUAGAGGAGAAGUAUUCUAUCACCCUAGACAAAAAUGGAUGGACAGUACUCAAGAACAAGAAAUACCAUGGGAAUCUAUCAGACCAGACGGUGCUGACAACCCUCCCGAUGGUGCAGGAGUUGAGUGCAGCACGCCACUGGAAGCCAAGUGAUGUGCCAGCCUCCACCACAUGUCCUGACUCCAGCAGUGCCUCUCUGGAUUCCCCAAAGUCUCCUGCUAAGCCACUCAUCUCAGAAGUAUCCACAAAGAUCAUCUCAGAGAAAACAGAUAAGAAGAUUCAACCUUGCUUCACCCUCAGUAAAUCUGCUGGAGAGGGUGGGAUGGAUGAUCUUGUGGCAGAGGUGGAGUUGCCAAGUGUGGUCACAGGACAGAAGGUUGAAGUGAAUGUGGGAGAGGACAGGCUGGUGGUGGAGGCACCAAGGAACCUCCUUGAUGUCUUUGUUCCUGUUUCCUUGGACAGUGAUAAGGCAAAAGCUUUUUUUAUCACCUCCUCUAAGGUUCUGGUUUUGAAAGUGCCAAUUCUUCACUCAUGAGAAGAGUUGAAGAGGCUGUGUUGUGCAUUCAAGAUUCAUUUACCUUGAAAACAAGUUUCUAAACCAAAGUUUGGCUUACAUUUGAUUUCUCUUUCCUAUUGCUUCUAACGUUGUUUUUGAUUGCUUUACCAUCACAAAGACAAUGUAAUAAAUUUGAGACUUCAGGUAAAGCUCAUGUGUGUAGAAAGAUCCAUGAUCCUUAGCAUCAGGUUUGAUGAGUUCCAAGGGAUGUAUUAGUCAUUACUAUCUAUAAAGAACUCUAUUCACUUUCAUUAGAGUGAAAUCACACUUUCACAAAGUCCUAGUAGAUUUUCUCCUGUCUUUUAUUCCUUCAGUAAUGUAUGGCAUCUUAGUAAAGUUAUUUCCCUUUAAAAUGGACGUUAGCUUGGCUUGUGCCCAUAUUUGUAUACAGUAAAAUCAAUCUCAGGUGUUGAAGAUUUAUUAACAUAACUCAGAAAGCUAAAAUACUUACAUCAUCACAGCAUCAUGUAUGAGUAAAACAAUAAAGUUAAUAUAGCAGUGAACAGUCUGAGUGAGAGCAAAGCUGUGUAACUUUCCACAUUUGACAUUUGAAUGCCAAGAUAUACAUUACUAAAGUAAAUAGGAUCUCACAAACAUCUCAUACUGUGUACAACUUUUCACAAAACUUGUUUUUUGAGGCAAGUGGUAAACACUAAAAUAAAACCACAAAAGGUCCUGUGAUAAAAUAAGAAUGAACAAUAGAAUGUACUUAACCCUUCUGUGAUCUGAAAGAUAAAAUGAAAGCAGCAAAGGUUGUCUUCAAAAAAAUAUGAAAGAUUUAUUGUACUGUAAUUGACAUUGAUAACUGCAGUUUUCUUUUAUUGUGGUUGUCAGCAAAGUAUGAAUGACUAACUAAAAUAACUGUAACUAAGUAAUCGCUGAUAUUUAGUAACACACCGUGGUGAUUUCUUGGUGAUUUAUUUGAAGUAUACACUAAUUAACCAUAAUUGCACAUCUUGCUUCUUUUCAGCACUAUAGAAUCAAGCACAACCCUGCUGCAGAAAACUUAAUUAUUCCAAAAUCUGUCAUUCUUGGAUGUUUGCUGUUAAUAAAUAUAUGACAGUUUGAA